AAAUAUGACAGCUGCUCUUAACAGUAAUGUACACUGGGAGCUUUAUUAAAGCUUACUCAGCUGAACUGUAAUUUCUGCAACACAUAAUAAAUGGUCUGAAUGCCACAUUGUACUCACUGUAUUGCACUUUCACCUAUUACAUCAUGUUUAUCUACACACACACACACCGUGAAGGAGAUUCACGUUCCAUUUACCGACCUGUAUGAGCCCAACACGUACACAAACACACGCACGGAGCAGGAGAGUUGCUGUUUGUCUGUCGCAGCUGUUUAUCCUCAUUCAUUUCCUCUCUUUUGCCUUUGCCCUUCAGGAAAAUGGAACACAUUGCUGGAUCGUUUCUCAAAAUGAAGGGCUAAACAGCAGCCCCGAAGGCAGACAGACAGUGUCCGACAGCAGCAUGGCGGACGGCUCUGACUCCCCUGUCCAGACGGAGACUGAUGUGGUGCUUUGCAAACUGUGUCUAAGCGACUGCCCUGCGCCGGAGACCAGCAGACUGCGCUCCUGCGGCUGUGUGUUCUGCACUCAGUGUUUGCGUCAGUAUGUGCAGUUAGCCAUACAGGACGGGGCCGGUGCCCCCAUUACCUGCCCUGACCUGGCCUGCAAACACCCAGGACCUCUACUGGACUCUGAGAUCGCCUCUUUCGCCCCGAGUGAUCAAUUCGAGCUGUACAGGCGGCUCAAGUUUGAAAGAGGAGUUCAGCUGGACCCCAGUAAAGCUUGGUGUCCAGUGUUGGACUGUCAGGCAGUAUGCAGUGUGAUGCCCAGUGCUGAAGGCAGAGCUGUGCCGGUGCCCUGCCCUGCCUGCCACACAGUCUUCUGCUGCAGCUGCAGAGAACCAUGGGAGGACAGACAUACCUGCUCUCAGCAGCAGCCUCUAGUGGUAUCCCCGGCCAGUGAUAGUGGUCAGCCCAGCCCUGACUUGGAAGCAACCAUCAAGCAGUGCCCCAAGUGUGGAGUCUACAUCGAGCGUAACCAGGGCUGCGCACAAAUGCUGUGCAAGAGCUGCAAACACACCUUCUGCUGGUACUGCCUGCAGAAUCUAGAUGGGGAUAUUUUCCUGAGACACUAUGACAAAGGACCAUGCCGUAAUAAGCUGGGACAUUCCAGAGCUUCUGUCAUGUGGAACAGGACACAGGUGGCAGGCAUCCUGGUGGGGGUCACCAUCAUCGUGCUGGUGACAUCACCUCUGCUUCUGCUGGCCUCUCCGUGCAUCCUGUGCUGCGUGUGCAAGCCCUGCCACAGGAAGAAAGGAGAGAAAAAGAAGAAGAAGAAGAAGAUGACAAAAGAGCAGAAGCCACCAGAUUCAGUAGCGUAACCUACGUUUUAAACCACGACUCUUACAGGCAGUGCUGUAUCGUCUGCCCUCUAUCGCCAUCUACUGUACUGUACCGCUAUUACAUGCCAAAAGCGCGUUGUGGUUGAGUAGCCUAUCAGUGCAAGCUGGAUGUGGGGCUGGAGCCGCAUGUUGGGCAGUGUUAAUAUUUAGCUCCGCCCUUAAUAUUCCAUAAAUGGAAGUGGGAACUUAACUACAUGUCGAACAGAACUGUCUCUUAAUUUAAAGAUUCUUUGUUUUACAGAAGCUGGAGACUGUUGGCUUGCAGUGAACUGUACGGAUUUACUUUGACUGCUGCCAUUGCUCCAUUCUACGCUGCACAUGUGCACUUUCUUAGCCAAUCAGACGUAGUGGUUUAGUGUGCAUGUCAGAUUGAACCUGUGUCCACUCUGUGUGGGACUAACUGUUGAUUCAACCAUUUUUAGUGGUGUCCUAAUGUACUACUACUACUACUAAUGAUGAUAAUAAUAUUAAUAAUAAUAAUUCUUAUUUAUUUAAGUCUCUUUCCAAAUCAACAACAGAAACAGUGAAGAACUUAGAAUGUAGGUGAUGAUUCUGAGUCCUUAGUGUUUCCCAGAAUGCAAACCAAUCUGACAGCAAAUAAAUACAAUUGUAUUGCAAAGGAUUGGGUGCUCCUGGUCAAAUUACAUGUUUUGUUGAUUUUCUAGGUGGAAAUAAGUUUCACAUCCUCUACAGAGAACACACUUCUCCACACUUUCAUGCACAAUUACUGUUUUUUUUGCUGAAUUUAACGUAUUGGAGCAACCUAUAACAUGAACUGUGGCCUCUGCAAAAGUUGUGGCACAUUUUACAUAAUAAAUACAGUUUAAGCACUACAGUUUGCAGGAAAUGCCAUUUUAAAGUAGGUUCCCUGUAGACUGUGUACUUAUUCUCACUUACAAAAUCAACAACCGAUCUCCAAUCUUGUCGCUGUCCAAAGAAAACCAAGUAUUGCCAAAAUAGUAACUUUACAGGAGAGACUAAAACAUUCUCACCUUUCAGUGUAAAGUAAUAUAAAGAGAUUUUAUUCUAAGUGAUCUUAGAGCAUUUCUAUUUGUCCAUUCAUCAUGAAAUUUUCACACAGCGUAAAGGACAGUUGAUGUGUUGAAAUGAUGUAGAAAAAUAAAAAUAAACAAAAAAUAGAGAUACAUUGUUUUCUUUGGACAGUGACUUAAUGGCAGUUGGCUUACUGCUAUUCUACUGACGCAGUUUGAUUAGGCAACAAGUUUUCUGGACGGGUUGUAUAUUUGAAUGUUCCAGUAAAUCUAGGCCCUGAUCAAGUCACUCAUUUUCCUUCCAUAGGUAAUUCACUCCAAGGGAAACUAGAGAAGAUUUGGGACACAACUGUAGGCUCGUCAAAUAAUCCAGCCAAUAUCUUUUUAUAGCCAAUAGAAAUUUCUGAGUAUCGUUUCUCAGUAGCUCCGUCUGUUUAUGCCCAAUUAAAUUUGUCAUAGUAUAACGUCAGUCAUGCUAAAUACUGAAGAUAUUGAGUAGUUUUUGAGGCUCUGCUCUUCUUUGUGUCCACUGACUUGUUAACGCUUGAUUACAGGUAGGCAGUGGGGCUAAACAUUUGAUCUUGCCUAAUUCUUCAUAUUAAAAAGAUUGACUGGGUUAAACGUUCACUCAAUUUCAGUAUUGAACAGGGCUCAACAUUUGACUCCACCCACAUUCAGCUUGCACAGAGGGGUAUUUGGGCCGGGUUGCCGGGCGCUAAAGUGCCUCAUGUCCAGCGCCUGGUGUUUGCUGGGUUUCUUUUGCCUUCCAUCGUAUUAUGCAAAAAAUUCUUUAUUUAAUAUAUAACAGAAAAAGGGACAUGCGAGUGACCCUUUCUCGGCCAAUGCAAACUAUAUCUUAACGUUGUGUUCAUGGAAGCUGCACCGUGUAUGGUGUUUUAAAUGAGAAAAUGGCAGGGCUGUAGCAGUAACCAGUAUAUACACAAUGCAAACUCUGCUACAGAUUUGAUUGUUUUUCGGGGGUUCCAGACCAAAGGCUAUGAUUGAUGUUUUUGUUUUGGUGUAUUAUAAUGUAUGUACAUAGUGUGUCGUACGAAUGUGGAUGCUGUCUCGUGUUUUUACAUUUCUGUUGAUUUGUUUUUGUUUUUUUUUGCACAUCAGAUAUUUUGUAUUACAUCAUUACAAUAAAACGAAUGAGGUACUGAACAGUAAAUUGUGCGUUAGGCCAGAUUCUGUUCUCAGAAAGACUCAUUGAGAGUAAAUUUAACUGCAUAUUCAGUUUUUAUUGAGAGAUUACAAAAAAAUACAGUAAAUAAAAUUAAUAAAUUCUUUUGAUUUUACAAAAUUUCUGCAUAAUUAAAUAGUUAAGAUAUAAAGCAAGUCACUGAGAGUGGCGUAUUAUGAAAUCACCCGUUCUGUAGAAACAAUUCUAGCAUCGGAAUUGUUCACAGUGGUGGUGAUGGGAACCAGACGUCAGAAGAGUUCAAUGACUCUAAAAGUAACGAUGCAGAACGUUAUUACAUUAAAACAACAAAUACAAAUAGGUUGCCUGAUGCCGGAGACACUUUAAUGAUAGAUCU